UUCCCGGCCGGGAGGGAGGCGGGGCCGGCCGCGUCUCCAUGGCGACGCAGGACGCAGCGGUGGAGGCGGUUGCUACCCACCUGCUAGAGGCGUUGCGGCUGGGAUCCAGGCUGGGGCGAGACCAUGUCGGACCUGGGCUCGGAGGAGUUGGAGGAGGAGGGAGAGAAUGAUAUUGGGGAAUAUGAGGGGGCUCGGAAUGAGGCAGGCGAAAGGCACGGACGCGGGAAGGCGCGGCUACCUAAUGGGGACACCUAUGAAGGGAGCUACGAAUUCGGUAAAAGACAUGGCCAGGGGACCUACAAAUUUAAAAAUGGUGCUCGAUAUAUCGGAGAAUAUUUUAGAAAUAAAAAGCACGGUCAAGGCACUUUUAUAUAUCCAGAUGGAUCCAGAUAUGAAGGAGAGUGGGCAAACGACCAGAGGCACGGCCACGGUGUAUACUACUACGUCAAUAAUGACACCUACACCGGAGAGUGGUUUACUCACCAAAGGCACGGGCAAGGCACCUAUUUAUACGCAGAGACGGGCAGUAAGUAUGUUGGCACCUGGGUGAACGGACAGCAGGAGGGCGCGGCCGAGCUCAUUCACCUGAACCACAGGUACCAGGGCAAGUUCUUGAACAAAAAUGUAAGUCCAUGGGAAGUGACAUUUGCCAAUAAAGUCCAAAAUAACCCCCUCUGGCAGCCUGUGCAAAUGUGUGACCAGAGAAUACUAAAAACUCAGAGAAAACUGAGUCCAGCCUAUUCAAAUGUGGGGAACAAGACAGCUGUGCCAUUCUCUGAGCCUCUGGUACCCACAGAGGACAGAACUGGGGGGAGGGAGGGUUUGGCCCAUUUCUCUGGGUCUCAGUACAAACUCCCACUGUCUUUCAGCGGGGACCUGUUGCAUUGUUAUAGAACACGUGGGGGCAUCGGAACCUCUUGUGUGUAUUCCUUCUCAUCGGUAAAUCAGAUACCAAAUAUCUGUUUCCUGCAAUUGAGCACAGAGGGGUUUGUGUUUUGUUUCUCUGGAAGGGGUGGUGCGCCAUCCCUGGGGAGGAAGACCCCCAGCUCCCUCCUCGUGCUGCAGGCCAGCCUGCAUGCUCCUAGUCGUGGUGGGAAUUGAGGCUGCCGAGGGCCUGGCCCUGGGUCUGGAGGCUUGCCAGCUUCCAGCACCCACGGUGGGCCGUUUCUGCUCGGAAGACUUGGUGGUUCCUCUUGCCCUUCUUGUACAGAGAAACCUUGAAUAAUUCAGAAGCUAAUACUCAGGCCAUUGUGGCAGCUCUGAUCAGGGGUUGAGCAGAAACUUUCCCUGAAGGGAGAAUUUGCGAACAAAUUGGUGGUGUUAGAAGUUGACAGAGGGAAUGUUUAGCUGAUUUAAUGAAGUCUCUUCAGACUCUUAGAACCCAGUUUUCAUUUAUAUAUAAUUCAUGCCCUAACCACAGAUUUUACUUUUAGUCUUCAUUAAAACAGCACAUUCCCCUCAAACCCACACAUUGUUUAUAUAAUUCCCAGCAAAUUUUUAUGGGUCUUUUUGGAGGAGAUGGGAAGGUGGUUGCAGAGGAAGGGAAUUUGAUGAAAAUGAAUCUGGAAGAAUCAAUCAGCUUGUCCAGCCUAAACCAGUCUGAAAAACCAGGGUUAAAAUGGAGGCUUGGCUUUGCUAGUUAGUAAAAAACUUUAAAUUAUACAAAUAAUACACAAGUACAUUUCAAUUGUAAAGCAUUUAAACACGAGGAUCCUGCCCCACUGCCCUGGGCCCAAUCCUUCCGUGCUAUUUCUGUGUGUCAUGUAAGUACAUUCUAAUACAGUCAUCUGACACAGAAUUAUUGUUUGGGGGUUUUAAUUACAUAAUUAGGAUCAUACUGUAUUGGGAUACAAAAAUAUACAUAAAGAUACAUCUUUGUCAUUUUGCAUAUUUGAGACUAUUAUGUAGGUUAGAUAAUGGAAUUGUGAAACCUUUGAGGAUUGGCAUUUAAAAUCACAAUCGGUAGUGCCCGUUUUCCUAAAAACUGGUGUCAGUUAAUCCUCUUGCCAAUAGAAUAUGAGUCUCUUUGGCAUAUAUUCUCAUCAGCAUUGGAUAUUCUCAGUCUUUAAUGUUGUUUUUGUUUUUUUCCAAUCUUAAGGGUAAAAAAUGUCAUCUCAUUGUUUUAAUGUGUACUUCCCCGAUUACUAGUGAGGUCAAACAUCUUGUCACCCGUUUAUUGCUGGUUUGUGUGUCUUCCUCAGAAAAUUCCCUGUACAUGUCCUUGUGGACAAGUUAUCAGUACUACAAAGCUCCAAUAAUUAAAACAGUGUGAUACCAGGAUGCACACACACACACACACACACACACACACUGAUGAAGCAAAUUAGAAAGUUUAGAGACAGGUUCCAGUACAUAAAAUAAUUUCACACACAAUAAGGAUGUCAAAUUAAUAAAGGGAUGAUGGGAGGAGUCAAGACAUAGUGCUAGGAACUCUUGAUAAUUAUUUGGGAGGAAAAUAAUAGUUUUGCCUUCACACAGAUGAAGAUACUUUCCAGAAGAAGUAAAGACUUAAGUGUACCCUAGGAAAUAUAGAAAAAAAUGUCGAUGAAUAUUAACGUUGAAAUGAGGAAAGAGAACUUUCUAAACAGAAAUAGAAAGGAAAAACCAGUAAGUUUAGCUUCAUAAAAAUAACUUCUUAUAGAUUAGAAAAUGCUGUAAAGAAAAUCUGAGAGAUGACUGUCAAAUGGAAGAGAAUAUUUGCAACGUUUAAUAUAUAAAGUGUUUUAUCAAUCAAUGUGAUUUAAAUGGCUAAAAAUGUUGAAAAAAAUGCAGGCUUACUAACAACUGAAAUGAAGUGAAUUAAAAGUGUGAGACCCCAUUUUUUUUUUUAAAAAACAUGUAAAAAUAGAAAAUUUUUACACUCCUAAAAUCAAGAGUUUGAGGAUCUGGGACUCUUAAGUGCAGUUGUGGGAAUGAAGUGAUCAGAGCCUCAUCUAAUCAAAAUACAUGUAUGCUUUUGUCCAGAAAUUCUGAGAAUUUAAGAACGGUAUCAAAAGCGUACAUA